UGGAUCCCCACGCGUCCCUGGCGAUUCCAGCUGGCGCGUCGCGGUGCUGGCUGCUGGAGACACGGCGGUGUCGGGCUCCGGGGACCUGGGCUGCAGUCCAGUGCCUGCCAGGAAAGGGGCAAGUUCAUCUCGUAAAUGGACACAUAAUUUUAAAAACGGCCAAUAAGAAAGAAAUGUUUAGAUUCACUCAAAAAUGUCCCAAGAUCACCAAGAUUAUAUCAAAGCCACCAAUGGACAGGUGAUUCCUGAAACUGCAAGAUAAGGUUUCAUGACUUCUGUCUUUCAACUUUCCCUAUUCUGGCUUUAUAGUUUCUAUCCUGUACCAAGAGCUGCAGAAAAUGAACACAUUUCAGGGAGCAGUAACAUUCAAGGAUGUUAUUGUGGAAUUCACCCAGGAGGAGUGGAAGUUACUGGACACUGCUCAGAGGACCCUGUACAGGGAAGUGAUGCAGGAGAACUAUGGUCACCUAGUCUCAGUGGGUUAUUGUGUGAAUAAGUCAAAUGCAGUCUUCAAGUUGAAGCAAGGAAAGGAGCCAUGGACAUUAGAAGUAGAAUUUCCACGUCAGAACCACCCUGAAAAUCUAUGGAAUAUUCAUGACCUAGGAGCAAGAUACCAGGAAAGCCAAGAUGAAAAUUCAAGGACUGGAGAACUCACAAAACAGAAAUCCCAUACUAGAGAGAAAACCUAUAAAUGCAAGGAAUGUGGAAAGUCCUUCUUCCAGAAGUCUGCCCUCAUAGUACAUCAGCACACUCAUUCAAAAGACAAACCCAGUGAAUGUGGGAAAUCUGUCUCUAGGAAUAGAGACCUCAUAAGACAUCAGAAGACGCAUACCAGAGAAAAAACCUAUGAGUGUAAAGAAUGUAAGAAAACUUUCUACCACCUGUCAUCUCUCAGUAGACAUUUGAGAACUCAUGCAGGGGAAAAACCCUAUGAAUGUGAUCAGUGUGAGAAAUCCUUUUUCCAGAAGCCACACCUCAUAGAACAUCAGAAAACACACACAGGAGAGAAACCCUAUGAAUGUACUGAAUGUGGAAAGUUCUUCUAUGUUAAGGCGUACCUAAUGGUACAUCAGAAAACACACACAGGGGAGAAACCAUAUGAAUGUAAGGAGUGUGGGAAAUCCUUUUCCCAGAAAUCACACCUUACAGUACAUCAGAGAACACAUACAGGGGAGAAGCCCUAUAAAUGUAAGGAAUGUGGGAAAUUCUUCUCUAGAAACUCACACCUCAAAACUCAUCAGAGAACUCACACUGGAGAGAAACCCUAUGAAUGUAGUGAAUGUGGGAAAUGCUUCUACCAGAAGUCAGCCCUCACAGUACAUCAACGAACUCACACAGGGGAGAAACCCUUUGAAUGUAAUAAAUGUGGAAAAAACUUUUACUAUAAAUCAGACCUUACUAAGCAUCAAAGAAAACACACAGGGGAGAAGCCUUAUGAGUGUCAUGAAUGUGGUAAAUCUUUCUCUGUGAAUUCAGUCCUCAGAUUACAUCAAAGGACACACACAGGAGAGAAACCCUAUGAAUGUAAGGAAUGUGGGAAAUCCUUCUCUCAGAAGUCACAUUUUACCAUACAUCAGAGAAAACACACAGGGGAGAAACCUUAUGAAUGUCAAGAGUGUAGGAAAACUUUUAUCCAGAAAUCAAAACUCACUGCACAUCAGAAGACACACACAGAAGGAAAAACCUUAUAAAUAGUAUGAAUUUGGAAAUUCUUUUGUCUGACUUCAUCCUUCAGAAUAAUGAGAUAAUUCACACAAGACAAAAAUCUUAUGAAUGUCAUCAAUAUGGGAAAAUUUUAGCCACAGUCUUUCUUCACAGAAAGGAAAUAACACAGAAAUUCUGAAAAUCUACAAGGAAGAAAAUUCUUAUCGUAUGUCACACUACUAAAUAUCAGACAACAUAGAUGGCAGAAACACUACAAAUUACAAAACAAGAGGAAACCUUUCAGAAGUCAUACUUUAUUGUACAACAUAGAAAUCACACAGGUGAGAAAUCCUCUAAGUAAAAUGAAUGUCAGGAAAUUUUCUGUCAGGGGAGCCAUCACUAGACAUCCAAAAGCUCACAUGAAUGAGAAACUCCUGUCAGUGUCCUGAGCACUCAGAAAUCUUUUUACACCAGUUGGACUAAUAUUAGAACACUCAGAGGGGAUAACUGCAAAGAUUGCACUAGAUACAGAAUCCUUUAUCAAAAGUGAUGUUUCGGUGAAUGUCAAAUCAUUUACUGGAGUAGAACCUUUAUAGAUAUUUUAAAUAUGUGAAAGCUUUUUAUCAAAAAUUCAAAGAGAAUCUAUACUGAGGGAAAUAGUUACUAGAAGUCACAUUGCAGAGAUGUGAUUCCAAGGAUUUUUUUUUAAAGAAAGCUGAAGUCUGAGGUUUGUCAAUUUUAAUAAUCUUUUCAAAGAAUCAGCUCUUUGUUGCAUUAAUUUUUUUCCAUUGUCUUUUUGUCCUUG